GAUGGAAAAUCCUCCUCCCUUGAAGUUGGGCCUGUUUUGUCAAGUGCAUGAAACUUGGAAAUGUUGGCUAGUACAGUAAGUGAAUACAUCCUGUACUGAAAGAUCUGAAGGUCGACAACCGGUGCUCUUGAUUGAAGUGUUCCAUCCCCAAACCAAUGACCCUUGGUGGCAGAAUGGACGAGCAAGAAAAGCUCUUGGAGGAUGCCCUUCUUGUGGUCAAGGUGCAAUCGUUUGAGAUGAAGCGUUGCUUGGACAAGAACAAAAUUAUGGAUGGGCUCAAGCACGCUUCAUCCGUCCUGAGCGAACUGCGGACGUCGUUGCUAUCUCCAAAAUCCUAUUACGAGUUGUAUAUGUCAGUUUGUGACGAGAUGCGACAUUUGGAGUCGUAUUUGCUGGAUGAGUUUCAAAAGGGUCGGAAAGUGGCCGAUCUCUAUGAAUUGGUCCAAUAUGCCGGCAACAUUGUUCCUAGAAUGUAUUUGCUCAUCACCGUGGGUUUGGUUUAUAUUAAAACAAAUGAGUACUCGAGACGAGAUAUUCUUCGAGAUUUGGUGGAAAUGUGUCGUGGCGUCCAGCAUCCUCUGCGGGGGUUGUUCCUUCGGAACUAUCUCCUCCAGUGCACCCGCAACAUUUUACCCGAUACUCUAGAGAGCUCUGUGGGCAAGGAUGAUGGAAACAUUGAGGAUUCUAUCGAUUUCAUAUUGACCAAUUUUGCCGAGAUGAACAAACUGUGGGUCCGAAUGCAGCAUCAAGGCCACUCUAGGGAGAGAGAUAAGAAGGAAAAGGAACGCAUGGAACUCAGGAUCCUCGUGGGAACCAAUUUGGUUCGCCUAUCUCAACUGGACAAUAUCGACGUCACCAUGUAUAAGAGAGUGGUUCUGCCGGGGAUCCUCGAGCAAGUGGUAUCAUGUCGCGAUGCCAUUGCCCAGGAGUAUUUGAUGGAAUGCAUUAUUCAAGUUUUCCCGGAUGAAUUGCAUUUGGCGACUUUGACCAACUUUCUGAAUGCUUGCGGCCAACUCCAUCCUGCCGUAAAUGUUAAGAAUGUCAUAAUCUCCUUGAUCGAUCGCUUAGCCUUGUAUGCCCAAAGAGAGGACUCGGAUGGGAUUCCGGAGGAAAUCAAGCUUUUCGAAAUCUUCUCCCAAGAGAUUAGUGCCAUCAUCAGUGGACGAGAAGACAUUCCACCCGAAGACAUCGUGUCCCUGCAGGUGUCCUUGAUCAACAUGGCCCACAAAUGCUACCCGGGAAAGAAUGAGUACAUUGAUUCGGUUCUCGAAGAGACCAAAAAGCUGUUCGAUGACACCAAGUUAGAAAAGGUGGAGUUUGCCACGCCUGUUGGUCGGGAAAUGGAGAAACUCCUGAAGAUUCCCAUUGUAAACUUCAACGACAUUCUGACGGUCUUGAGGUUGGCUAAUUUCACGCCGUUGCUGAACAUGUUCGAUUUCGAAGGUCGGAAGUCCAUGUCCAGCUUCAUCGUGGACAAUGUGAUUGAGAACGAAACCACCAUUGCUACGUCUGAAAUGGCCGAUACUAUUCUAACGAUGUUGGCGCCAUUGGUCAGUGAUCAAGAGGAUGGACCCAAAGUCGAAGAUUGGGACGACCCGGAAGAGUUUUUGGAGGAGCAAUCUCUCAUGGGAAGAUUGGUUCACUUGUUGGUUUCCAAUGACCCUGACCAGCAGUAUUUGAUCUUGAAUGUGGCCAGAAAGCAUUUUGGACUGGGAGGUCCAAAACGAUUGAGAUUCACCCUCCCUCCCGUUAUCAUGUUGGCUUUUAAGUUGGCAAAAACCUUUUAUGGAAUCAGGGAUCAGGAUGAUAAAUGGGAGAAGAAAGUGGGAAAGAUCUUCCAGUUCUGUCUUACCACCAUUGGAGCUUUAGUAAAGGCAGAAAUGGCUGAGCUUCCAUUACGGAUGUAUCUUCAGGGAGCGUUGGCCUUGGAUAGGAUUCCGUGUGAAAAUCAAGAGACCGUCGCUUACGAGUUGAUGUCUCAGGCAUUUUCGAUUUACGAAGACGAGAUCUCUGAUUCCCGGGCCCAGUUAGCCGCGAUCACGCUGAUCAUCGGCACUUUGGAACAGAUGACGUGUUUCUCGGAAGAAAACCAUAAUCCUCUGCGAACUCAAUGCGCUUUGGCCGCAUCGAAACUCCUAAAAAAACCAGAUCAAUGCCGAGCCAUUCAGGUGUGUUCCCAAGUGUUUUGGAGUGGAAAAACCCGAGCCAAUGGUGGAAGUGAGUUACGCGAUGAAAAGAAGGUCUUGGAGUGUCUGAAAAAGGGAAUGAAGAUCGCUUCCCAAUGCAUGGAUGUGGGCACCAAGGUGCAACUGUUUGUGGAAUUGUUCAACAAGUACAUCUAUUUCUAUGAGAAAGGCCACUCCACCAUCUCUAUCGAAAUGAUCCAACACUUCAUCAAUCAGAUUAAAGAAGAGUUGCCAAACUUGGAACACGGGGAAGAGGCUAAUCAAAUCCAAUUGCACUUGGGCAACACUCUGAAGCACAUUCAAUCCAAGAAAGAUGCUGGAGGCCAAUUCAAUUUUGAAGGAUUAGUGCUAUGAUAGCGCCCACCCAGUUUUUAGAUUUCUAUCGAUUGAUGUAUCUUAAUGGAAUCAUGCAUAUUUUAACCGUUGAUAUCCAAUAAACAUAUGCAUCGCACCAAAUAAACCUAAAGUAAAAUCAAAGGCGGGACAUAAGAGACGACCAAUGAACGAGAUUGCCUCGAGGUUGAGUGCAUAAAAGCCUUCAAUCGGGGUUGCCGUCCAAAAAGAGUGUGCAUGGUCUGUAUCCAAUAACAAGGUAACUGAGUUCGACAUCAGCAGUCGCAGGAAGAACCUAUCAACCUAUCGCUUCCCAGGAAACUUUAUGACAGCGUUAUCGACACUUGUGUGUCUUGCUGUUCAAGCUACCAAUCACAGUCCCUUAUUUUGACUUAUAAGAAUCCUUCAUAUCCAGAACCUAAUCGAUUAAUCUGAAUGCUUCCUUGAUCCCUGUGGCAUCAUCGCACGAUCAUCAUGAGUGUUUUGGGGACAGUUUUCUUGGUUCUCUUUAUAAUCGUUCUCCUGUAUUUCAUGGGCGGGAUCUUCUGGAAUGUCCUACAAGGGCGAUCGGGGAUCGCAUUGUGCCCCCAACAUGACUUUUGGUUGGAGUUGCCUGGGCGCGUCAAGAGAAGCUUCCAAUACUGCUUUAGUGGUUGUCGAAAUGCCGACACUUACGAACAAUACUAAAUCCCAUAAUCCUUGCCAUGGAAAGGUCACAGCCAUGAAUCCGGAGGUUCGUCUACGUUAUUGCCAAGACAAAGAUUGCCAUUUGUUUGUUCAGCGAAUGCCGUUUUCAACCCUCAUCUGUGUGUCAGAUAUCGAUUCUUCAUCAUUUACUUUGUAACCAACUGUGUAAAUCCAUCUCUGAUCGACAAAAGCGAGAUAAACAAUCAUGACUCGAA